AUGGAAUUAAAAAUUGAUGAGAAGAGUGAUGUCAUUAGAUAAGAGGAAUUUAAAGAUAUUGAUGUUUCAAAUUGGUAUGAAUUAGUAGGUAAAAGCAUAUUCCAUCUUAUUUCUAAGCUAUUUUACUAUUGAGUGCAGGAGCAAAUUUUUUAUUGAUUAAGAUUUUUUAGAGAAUCUAAAAUUUAUUUUUGUGGAAAAGAGAGGAUUAAAAAAAUAAUCCAUCUAAAAUGUUAACUGUAAAUUGUUUAUUAGUUAUCACAAUUUUAUGUAAGAAUCAAAAUUAUCAAAGUUAAGCUCUUUUCAUGUUAUUAUUCAAUAGCAGGAUUUUUUUUUAGUUAAUUUUGGAAAUGGAAUUGUGA